AUGCAGUUCUUCACGACAGUCAUGGCCACAUUGAUGCUUGGCGGCGCUCUGCUGCCAACUGCUUUUGCUGCCAAAUACCCCUGCGAGAUCGGCAACAGCCGCAAUCGAGGUGAAUCCUGCUCGAACGAAGGCUGGUACGGAUGCAGCAACAAUUUGAAGCAUACUCUACACUGCGUCAAUGGCAAAUGGGAAAGAAUUAACACGUGUGCUGGACUUUGCAACAUGCCAUUUUCGAAGGGGAGGAAAUGCGGUUGCAAUUUGUAG